AUGCCAAGAAUAAAAGUUAAGAUUGAAAAUGAUACUCAAAGGAGAGCCACAUAUAAGAAGAGACAAAAAGUUGCCUAUAAAAAGGCUCAAGAACUUAGUAUUCUUUGUGAUUGUAAAGUAGCUAGCAUCAAAUAUAGUGAGUACCACACAGAACCAGUGGUAUAUCCAAAUUAUCAAGUUGCACUAGACACUUAUAAUAAGUUUAAGGAACUUUCAUCAUCCGCUCAGUUAAAACACAUGAUGAUGACAGAAGAGUUUAUUAAGAAAAUUAUAGAUAAGAAGAAAGACCAAUUAUACAAGUUACAGAGAGAAAACGAUCUCAAAGAAAAGACAAAUAUGAUGCAUGAAGUGGCAAGAGGAAAAAAGAUUUCCAAGGACAUAAAUGGUAAUGAUCUAAUGUAUGCCAUGAAAAGAAACUUGGAAAUGUUUCGCAAACUGAAAAUUAAAGUUGAUGAAGAGGGUUCUACUUUGUAUGCCUCUCAACCAAUUUCUAGUGAUUCUCCAGUAUCGACUGUUCCUUUGGCUUCUCCAUCGAUUGUUUCUAGUGGAACCGACCGCGAAGGUCCAAGAUCUCCUCUAAUGGUCCCUGAAGUGGCUCAAGUAAUAGAAGAUAAAGGGGCUCCACUAAUAAUUCCUUCAUCUCCUUCUACUGAAAUGAUCCAACAAUUAUUUCAUCCAGUGAAUCCUCCUCAAAUGGUUCCUUUUGUGGACCCCUCAUGGAUUUCUUCUUAUUCGUUAUUUUCAGCAGAAUUAUUUCCUCCGUUGGUUUCGCAGAUGCAUUCUUGUACACAUCAACAAAUAGAUCUUAGAAGGACCCCUAUAAUGGAUCCGCCACUACCUUCAAUAACGACUUUUUCAACGAAUUCACCAAUAUUGGAGUCUUCAACCGCUGCUUCGUUAUUACCACAAGACUCUUCGAUGAACAACUUUGCAAACUAUUAG